UCUAAACAUCAACUUGCACUUUUACCAUCAUCUCUUGCCAUUUUAUUUGACCCUUUUCGCAUAUUUUAUUUGCUAAAAGAUAAUUUUCUAGUAAAUCUUCUGGAAAGACUGGAAAGAAGUUGAAAAAAAAGGUGUAAAUUACCGUCUCGAGUGACUCUUAAAACUUUUUUUUUGAGAAUUAAUUUAGCGCAAUAAUGGAGAUUUUUUUGGGGUGAAAGUGAAUGAAUUAUUUGGUGAAUUCCUGAUGUUUCUGUCGACAUCGUAAAAAUUCUGUGAACCCAUGGAUACCAUGAGAUUUUCCUGGAUUUUCGCAGCAUCAUUCCUCAUUCUCAGCACAUUCGUCCAUGGCGAUAACAUAAGAAUUGGUGGAUUGUUUGACACUGACCAGGAAGAUUUACGGCUUGCCUUUGGGUAUGCUGUGGACAUUGCAAAUACGGAAAUCCUGGGAGCAUCCAGUGAUUUCCAAUUGGAAGCUGCACAAGUUGAAGUACCCUUUGGCAAUGAGUAUUUAGUGUCAAAGAAACUCUGUCGUCUACUGAAGAGUGGUGUAGCUGCCAUAAUUGGACCACAAUCUCCCGCCUCAGCUGUACAUGUUCAGAGUAUUUGCGAUGCCAAGGAAAUGCCCCACAUUGAGACACGCUGGGAGCCCAUCUCCAACACCGGCUUGCCCUCCCUCAACAUCCAUCCACAUGCCCAGACGAUGAGUCGCGUCAUUGUGGACCUUGUUCGUGCCUUCGAUUGGAAAUCAUUCACAAUUGUCUAUGAAAACGCGCCUUAUCUCGUGGCUCUAUCUGAUCUCCUGAAGCUCUACGAUCCUAAAGGACAUACCAUCACUGUUAGACAGCUAGACCUAGGCCUCCAGGACAACUACCGGGCAGUCCUGAGGAGAAUCAAAGUUUCCGAAGAGAAAAAUAUCAUCCUCCACUGUUCAGCAACAAUUCUACCAGAAGUCCUGAAGCAGGCCCAGCAAGUGGGAAUAAUCACUGACCAACAUCAGUUUAUUAUCACCUCACCAGACCUUCAUACCCUUGACCUCGAACCCUACCAAUACAGUGGAACAAACAUCACUGGUAUUCGUUUAAUUGAUCCUGAAGAUCCAAGACUCGUCCAAGUGACCGAUUUGUGGAAGAGCCUGCAUGAAGAGCAGGGUCUGGAGCUACCAGAAUCCCUACUGCCCAAUAAUAUAAGGACAGAGGUAGCUCUGACUUUCGAUAGUGUCCUAAUCUUUGCAGAUGCCUUAAAUCAACUGCAUGGGAAUAAACAACUAAGCCCUGUCCCAUUGAACUGUGACGAUGGGGACACCUGGAUCAGUGGAUACAGCAUUAUCAACUACAUGAAGACGUCCCACACGAAAGGCCUCACGAGAGAUAUUAAAUUUGACCACAGAGGUCACAGAACUGACUUCCUCCUGGACAUUGUGGAACUAGGAUCAGCUGGACUUGACAAAGUCGCCGUGUGGAAUUCUUCAGAAGGACUAGCUUCAGCAAGAACCACGGCUCCUUUAGAUGCACUCGCUGACGAUGGAAGCUUAAAGAACAGGACUUUUAUCGUCCUUACAGCCUUAAGUCCUCCAUAUGGAAUGCUCAAGCGAUCUCCGAAUAAACUUACGGGGAAUGAUCGUUUCGAAGGAUUUGGUAUUGAUCUCAUUCAUGAACUCUCCUUGAUGCUGGGCUUUAAUUACAUAUUCCAUCUGCAAGAAGAUGGGGUUUAUGGAUCCAAAGGAGAAAAUAAUGAAUGGAAUGGGAUGAUUAAGGAACUCCUUGAAUACAGGGCAGAUUUGGCCAUCACGGAUUUGACAAUCACUGCAGAUCGCGAAGGAGCAGUGGACUUUACCAUGCCUUUUAUGAACCUUGGGAUUUCCAUCCUUUACCGAAAGCCUACAAAGCUUGCUCCAUCUCUUUUCUCCUUCAUGAGCCCCUUCAGCACUGAGGUCUGGCUUUAUUUGGGUUUUGGCUACUUGGGUGUCUCAGUCUGCCUCUUCAUCCUAGGCAGAAUCUCACCCGGUGAAUGGGAUAAUCCCUAUCCCUGCGUGGAAGAGCCUGAGUUCCUUGAGAAUCAAUUCAGCUUCCGGAAUGCCCUUUGGUUCACAAUUGGUGCACUUCUGCAGCAAGGAACAGAAUUGGCAGCUAAAGCCCCAUCAACACGGGCUGUUGCGUCAAUCUGGUGGUUCUUUACCCUCAUCAUGGUAUCAUCGUACACGGCAAAUCUGGCUGCUUUUCUCACCGUUGAAUCCCUUUCUCCCACAAUUGGUAGUGCUGAGGAUCUAGCAAAUGCCAAUGGUGCGGUUAAGUACGGUGCCAAGAGGGACGGGAGUACUUUCAAUUUCUUCAAGGAUGCCGAAUAUCCGACAUACCAGAAAAUGUACGAGUACAUGAAGGAGAAUCCCGAUCUGUUGACAUCAUCUAAUCCAGAGGGAUUGGCACGUGUUAAAUCCGACAAUUAUGCCUUCCUCAUGGAAUCCACCUCCAUUGAGUACAUCAUUGAACGCGAAUGCGAUGUAACACAAGUCAAUGGCUUAUUGGAUGAUAAGGGUUAUGGCAUUGCCAUGAGAAAGAAUUCUCCAUAUCGCAAUGCUUUAAGUGCAGCAGUUCUCAAAUUACAAGAACAGGGAAAACUCACUGUCCUCAAGAUAAAGUGGUGGAAGGAGAAACAUGGUGGCGGUGCAUGUUUGGCCGCUAGUGAAGAUGGUGGUGCACUUGCUUUGGGAAUUGAAAAUGUGGGUGGUGUCUUUUUGCUCCUGUUCAUUGGCUGCGUGGCAGCUGUUGUCAUCUGUCUCUUGGAAUGUCUUUUUGAUAUCAAAGCACGCGCCAAAGAGCUCAAGAGAGGCAGCCUUGAUGGAAAACCCAAGGAUUUAGACAUGGCCAAUGUUGGUGGAGUUUUUCUAGUUCUUCUAAUUGGCGUAUCAUUGGCUUUCUGGUACGGAUGCUGUGAAUUUAUCAUCACGACGGUAAGACGAGCAAAACAGCAUCGUGUAUCCUUCCGUGAAGAAUUCAUCGAAGAGAUAAAAUUUGUUGGAAAGUGUCACGGAAACACCAAAAUAGUUCGGCAUCGGAAGAGUUCAUCAUCGAAUUCCAAGUUGUCAGAAUCUUCAGAUCAAAUUGAACGCGGAUCUACACAUUCACGCUCCACCAAUGGCAAAAAUGCAUCCAGAAAUAUAACUGAUGUUCCGGAUAUGAUCAUCACAGCAUCCAAUGGACAUCCACCAAAGAAGGAAAAAUGAGAGCACAUCAGAAGAAAAGAAACUUUUAAGUUGAAAUAAAUAAACUUGUGGCAUACAUUUUGACUAAUGACAUCCAAUUAUGAGAAUAAAUUUGUCACGGAUUCA